GACCGCCUCAUGCAAGGGGAGGUCAUGCGGACGGGAUAAACCCGAACCAUGCCGGAGUUAUACCCGACCUUCUUACUCUGCGUGUAUGGCUUCUUCUCCAGUCUCCGACCGUACGAGCCUUUCCUGACGGCCUUUCUGAUGGGACCGGACAAAAACCUGACCGAAACACAGGUUGUUAAUGAAAUCUACCCGAUAUGGACCUACUCCUACCUGGUGUUGCUCUUCCCCAUCUUUCUGGCUACCGACUACCUCUGUUACAAACCUGUGCUAAUCCUGCAGGCAGCCAGCUUUCUAAUCACAUACUCCAUGCUGAUUAAGGCCCAGGGCGUGCUGGCCAUGCAGCUCCUAGAGUUUUUCUUUGGGCUGGCCACGGCCACGGAGGUGGCUUACUAUUCCUACAUCUACAGUGUGGUAGAGCCGGCCCAGUACCAGCGAGUGACUGGUUACUGUCGUAGCGUCACCUUGCUCGGCUCGGCGGCCGGCUGCUUAGCCGGUCAGCUCCUGGUGUCCGUGGCCCGGGUCUCCCUGCUCUCCCUGGUCGUCAUCACGCUUGUGUCUGCUGUGGUGGCGUUCGUGGCCCCCUGGUUUCUGCCCGUGACCAGUAAGAGCCUGUUCUUCCACAAGAGCGCCGUGGUGGAGGAGGGGACGGCGCACCAGACCAGCAGGUCUGCCAUGAAGGGGGCAGAUGACUCUGAGAACAAAGUGCCUCUAAACAUAGAAGAUGUCAUCACUGUCCCGGUGGCCAGUGAGGUGAAUCAGAAUCAGAGAGGUGGUGAUGGCAGCGGGCCGACGGAGGUGCUGCGGAUCCUGUGGGAUGACUUCCUCCAGUGUUACUCGUGCCGGCCUCUGCUGGCCUGGUCGGUGUGGUGGGCCCUCUCCACCUGCGGCUACUUCCAGGUCAUCAACUACACCCAGGCCCUGUGGGAGAACAUCCGGCCCUCCCAGGACUUCGCCAUCUACAACGGCUAUGUGGAGGCGCUUGCCACGCUGCUGGGUGCGUUGGCAGCAUUUGGCGUUGGCUACGUGCCGGUGUCGUGGGCGGUGUGGGGAGAGUUGGCUCUCUGGGUUUUCUCCAUGCUGAUGGCCGCGUCCGUCUACGUCAUGGACAUAGUGAAGAACAUCUGGGUGUGCUACGGCGCCUACGUCCUCUUCAGGGCUACCUACAUGCUGCUCAUCACCAUUGCCACGUAUCAGAUAGCGGCUAGCCUUAGCAUGCAGCGCUAUGCCUUGGUAUUUGGAGUGAACACCUUUGUGGCUCUGCUGCUGCAGUCUCUGCUCACGCUGGCAGUGGUGGACAACGCCACCCUGGGCCUGGACGUCUAUGUACAGGCAAGUGUCUCUGUAUCCCACAAAGUUGAAUCAGUUCAUCUAAGUGAUAAAACGUUUCUCCCAUUAAACUUUGUGUCCAGAUGAACUGAUUACGCUUUCCAGGAUUUCUUUACCUGGCCUGUGUUAUUAAGCAUGCAUUAAGACAAGUCUAGUGUAGUCGGCCUCUCCGGGGAAUCGGCUCUUCCUGUAGUUCAGACUAGAGAUGCCCAUGGAGUUAGUUUUAUUUUUUUGUACACAUUUUGCUCCAAGUAAAACAAAGCGAUGUUUGCCGAGCUUACUCAGCCCCUCCCCCCAACAUUUAACUUUUUUUUCCGGUGUGAUUUUUGCCAGCAAAAUGACUGCAGUAGUAGUUUCUAGAAUUAUGAGGCACAUUUUGCAAUAUUUAUAUUCACAAAAUUGUGUAUUAAAAAUGCAUACAUUAGCUUUUUACCCAGUCAUGUUGCCUCUAUGAAUGGCAUAUGAUUACAAAGUCAAGAUCUUAAUUCAUAGGCAAGUUUAUUUUUACAGCAAUUUUCAUACAUAAAGGCAAAAAAAAUUUAAAUUAGGACAGUUGUAUGGCUACUGCUGAUAUUCUAAGAGCUAUUGAUUGUCUGACAAAUGAACUCCUUCAGUAGCAAGCUCAAUUUGGCUCUCAGCUGGCUGCAUUAGAGCCUGGCAUCAUUUCAGGUGCUUCCCCCGUCCUUUUGGGCUACCAUUGUCAGGCGGAGUUGUGGAGUCUCGCUCCCUCUCUGACCCCAUGGGUGAUAAGAAUUUCCUCCUGGUGGAUCAUCUUCUCCCCAGGACCACCCAUGUAGAGCCUCUUGAGGGGUCAAGAAGUAGGUUUCUACUCCCUGUUUGCACAAAAACUCUCCAGCGACAUCUCUUAAGAGGAAGCGGUCUUGUGUCACAGCCUCCCUUUCUGCUGAGUUCAAUGCAGCAAUGGGUUGUACAACCUCUGGUCACUAAGGCUGACCAGACUGACCUUCUUCCAAGAAAGCUACUUAAUUUUGUCAUUGUAUUCUUACAAGUAAUUUGUUGUCUGCAUUCGCCCUGGACACUGUUGCGCAGUCUUGGCUGACAUGCCUCUUUAGUGUCGCAUGGAGGUCAGGGACAGUACCUGUGGAGUGGCGGUUCUCAUAUUUAAAGAGGACUGAAGGGUGUGCUCUAAUUAUCAGGGUAUCACAUUGCUCAGCCUCCCUGGGAAAAUCUACUGUAGGGUGCUGGAAAGGAGGCUCCAACCAAUUGUCGAACCUUGGAUCCAGGAGGAACAAUGCGGAUUCCGUCCUGGCCCUGGAACAACGGACCAAGUCUUUACCCUUACGGAAGUGCUGAGGGAGGCAUGGGAGUUUGACCAGCCAGUCUACAUGUGUUUUGUGGACUUGGAGAAGACUUACUAUGUACCCCGGGGCACUCUGUGGGGGGUACUGGGGUAGUUGCUACAAGCCAUCUGGUCCUUGUGUAACCAAUGUGAGAGCUGUUUCCGCAUUCUCAGCAUAAAGUCAAACACGUUUUCAGUGGGUGUCGGACUCUGCCAAGGUAGUCUCCGAUUCUGUUUGUGAUAUUCAUGGACAGGAUCUCUGCUCUUCGCAGAUGUGGUUUAGUUGGCUUCAGCUGAGUGUGAAAUGGCCGGGAUGAGCGUCAGCACCUCCAAGUCUGAGGCCACGGUUCUGUACCGGUGGAUUGCUCCCUCCAGGUUGAGGAUGAGUUGUUGCCUCAAGUGAAGGAGUUCAAAUAUCUCAGGAUGUUGUUCACGAGUGAGGGUAGGAUGGAAUGGGAGAUAGACGCAGCAUCAGCAGUAAUGUAGACGUUGUACCGGACUGUUGUGGCGAAGAGAGCUGAGCCGGAAGGCAAAGCUCUCAAUUUACCAGUCAGUCUUCAUUCCAACCCUCACCUAUGGUCAUGAGCUUUGGGUAGUGACCGAAAGGGUGAGAUCACGAAUACAAGCAGCUGAAAUGAGUUUCCUCCAUAGGGUGUGGAGCUAGUUGAUGUGGUGCCCCCGGGGUAAACCCAGAACUC